AUGACGAAAAUGCACAGCUGCUCCAAAAUGAUACGCUGAGCAGCCUCUGAGAUCAGCUGUAACUCGCGUCUUGUAAUUACAUAGAAAUAACAAGUAAUGAACCACAAGAAGAGAUAAACAAUGGAGGGUAUACUGCAUAAAUGGACAAAUUACAUAAGUGGCUGGCAGCCUCGAUGGUUUGUGCUUAAGGGAGGGACCUUGUCUUACUACGAUUCUCAAGAAGAUGCUUGGAAAGGAUGCAAGGGCAGCAUUAAAAUAUCAGUCUGUGAAAUACAAGUUCACCCCUCUGACUUGACCCGAGUUGACCUGACCAUCCCUGGAGAACAGUACUUCUACCUCCGAGCCCUCAACACAGCAGAGAGACAGAAAUGGCUGGUUGCCCUGGGAACCGCAAAAGCCUGUCUUACAGACAACCGAACCAAGAGAGAGAAAGAGCUGCAGGAGAGCACAGAGGCUCUGAAAACCAAGAUGUCAGAACUGCGUCUGUACUGUGACCUCCUCCUCCAGCAAGUCAACAAGAUCAAGGACAGCGACGAGCCAAGGGAGUCAGCAGAGGCGGAUGAGGACACGGGAAACAUGUUGAAGUCUACGUGCACCACCUUCCUGAAGACCCUGGAAGAGUGCAUGCAGAUAGCUAACCACAGCUUCACCUCUGAGCUCACCACACAGAACCCCCCUGGGUCCCCCCCUGUGGCAGCCGUCAAACCGCUGAAGGUCAAACCUGUCAACCAAUCCAAUCAGAUCCUUGGAGGAAAACUGGGUGACCCAAGUGCAAUCUUGGACAGCGCUUUAGAACCGGACAACCAGAGUCUGAGCUCUGGAGCAGAUAGACCAGAUGAGCUGGAUGGGCCUGACACAGUCCCAGAGAGCACACAAACACACCCAACAGAGAACUGUCCAGUUGGUGAGGACUGCCCAGUCCCUGAGGAGAUACCAGAAACCUCUCCCCAGAUUACCCAGAACCCCUCUGAGACUGAACCUUCUGGAGACAGGGAAGAGUUGGGGGAGGAGGUGGAGGAAGAAGAAGAGGAAGUGAAGAAUAAACAGCAAGUGGACAUUACCCAGGAGAAGGAAAAGAGCCAUGUCCUGCUUCAGAACCAACCGGAAGCUGUCCCUGACCAGGCUGAGUCUAAGCUGGAGGAGCAACAUUCCCAGGGUGCUGUGCAGCAGGAGGAGCAGCAGGAGGAAGAGAUAGAGCAGGUGGAAACCUUCUUCAGCACAAUGAGCCACAGAUUUAGUGAUAUAAGACUGGACGACGACUGUGGUAUCCCUACUCAAGAUUUUUUGGAUUCUUGCUAUGCGAUAGUGCCUGUGUUAGACAAGCUGGGGUCCACAGUGUUUGCUCCGGUUAAAAUGGAUUUUGUAGGAAACAUCAAGAAGAUCCAUCAGAAGCUGGUGUCAGACCCCGAGAGCUUCCCCACGCUGCAGAGCAUCGUUCUGCACGAGGUCCAGACGGGCGUGGCCCAGGUCCGCAACUCGGCCACGGAGGCUCUGCUGUGGCUCCGACGAGGCCUCAGCUUCCUCAAGGAGUUCCUGUCCGAGGUCAACGCCGGGGCGCGCGACAUCCAGGGGGCACUCAACAGCGCCUAUGGAAAGACGCUGCGCCGCUACCAUGGAUGGGUGGUCCGGGGCGUGUUUGCUCUGGCCCUGAGAGCCGCGCCGUCGCACGCCAGCUUCGCCGCCGCCCUGGUGUCCAGAGCGGGCGACGAGCUGAAGGACGGCUUCACGCUGGGCAUGCGCCGAGACCUGGGGGUGUACCUGCCCGCCAUGGAGAAGCAGCUGUCCAUCCUGGACGCCCUGUACAGCGAGUACAGUCUGGAGUCAGACGAGGUUGUGUGACCCCCACCCCCCCCCCCAUCCCCCAGCUCGGUCACAGACGGAGAGAGGCCCCACGUCUGGAAGGAGCCUCGCCCUGAAGGAGAGGCCGGGUCAGAGGCCGGAGGUCGUGGGGUGUGCUCGCUGUAGGCCUCACCCAGUGCUGGCGGACACGUCCAGCCCGACAAACUGGCUCUGUUUGGCAGUGACACCACAGCUGCACUGGAAUGAUAGUGUCCAGCUGUGGUGUCAGAGGAAGGUUUAGACUCCGAGAGUCGUUUCAGAUCCAGAAUCAGUAACCCUGAGAAGUUUAAACUGGCUUUUUACACAUUAAAUCGAGAGACAGCCUGGUUAGUCAUGUUGUUUGGUUUUUGGACCCUUGUUGAGUCAUUCCAUCCAAGGGCUUUUCUGGAAGAAUACUCUAUUAUGCAAACUCUAACAUAGGAGUUGUAACUGGUAUUUGUCUUUUUUAGUCUAUGAUUGUGUCUCUGAGGUUACUAUGUUGUAUGAUAUGUGAAGCUUGGGGUCUUCCUCUGGCAAUGAUUCAUUGGAAGAUAUUCAUGUUAACUCUAGCCAAUGAUAAGGCAUAAACGUUUUUCUGUUAAAAUUAUUUUAAAAAUCAUAAACAUAAACACACAGAAAGUAGGUGUUUUUGUCCAGAGACCAUACAUUUUCUACUUUUCAACAUGCUGCAGCAUUCUAGUAUUGUUUAUUGGUUUUGUUUCUUAUUAGUUCAGCACUGACAUUUUUUUUAACCUUUUUUUUUAAACUUUUUUUAAGUUCUGGAUUGCCAACUGCACAUGUUUUGUUUUGUCCGGUCAAGACAAGGGCUUAUAUAUUUGUGUUUUCAAGCAUUGACCUAGAAGAUUUAGCUAACUUCCACCAGAUAGACUUGCCAAUGGGACCAAAGGGAUGUGUCAUGAGGGCCAUGUGCUCAUGCUGCCAACCACACUGAAGAGCAUUAUUGUAGCAGUCUCAUGACUGAUCCUUGCUUGGCUAGACAUCUACAGGGACAUCCUCUACACAGCCUCAUGGACCGUUUGGGUCCUUUCUCAUCCAUGUUUACCAAGUGACAUUAUUUAAUAACUUAAGUGUUCAUUGUUCAUGUUGUAAUAUCAAUCAUUUAAGUCUUAGUUUUUGUGUCACAUGCAUGGACUCUUGGAUCCAUGGGGCAUGGUUAAUUGCAUGUUGUUGGCUAGAGAUAAAGUUUGAGGCGAGUUUGUUGAUGCUAAUAACAAGACGUUGAUUUAAAUGACUAAGCGUAAUACUAUUAACCAUCAUUAGAAGAUCCUGUUGGUUUCUUCUCUCUGUCUUUUAACAGCCAAUAAGAUAGUGUGCAGUAAUAACAUAUAACAAUAAAGAUGCACUAGUGGCAUUACUCUUUCAUACAGCACUUAGUUAGCCUUCCAUAAAGAAAGCCAGCAGCAAUUCUCUUUUACAAGUAAAGGUUUAAUAUUCUCAUCUACAGAAGCACCAAUAGUGUAAGUUAUUAACAGUAUUUCUUCACCCUUGAGUUUACUGAGAGGCAAUGAACAACAAAAACCAUUUUUGUAAUGGUUCAACUGAUAUGUGCAAUAGAGAUUUACUGUUGCAUUUUACUAAUGUUAAUCAUGGGAACACUAUUGUAACGUAAUAUUUCCAAUAGAUUUUUUAUAUACAGUAUGGAUGUAGGUGAGAUGUUUUUACAUAAUGUGAUAUUAAACUUGGUGAGAAACUGUCA